ACAAGCAGCAUGCGCGGAAGCCGGAGGUAUCAUUCUGAGAUUUGGCCUUCAUAUAUACGACGUCGCAUUGCUCUGUGGUGCACAACUACGAGGCUUGCCGUACAAUCCUUGCGCGAUGACUACGCCAACGGUUGAGGUGCCCAUCCGCGUGUUGAACGAGACUAUAGGGGCGUUCAUGUUGAGCGCAAUUAUUGGUGCGGUAUUGCAAGGUGUCAAUAUCGGGCAGGCUAUAUUCUACUUCAGGCAUCAAAAAACAGAUCCUCUCAUAAUGAAAUGUCUGAUCCUCUUCGUUUUGGCAGUAAACGUAUUCCACUUCUUUCUGGUCAUCGAUGCCUUAUAUCUAUACACGGUCGAUGGCCGUAGCAACCCCUCUAAUCUCAACACACUGACUUGGAGCGUCAUAGCCAUCCUUCUUGUCAGCGUCGUCGGUGAUCUCGGCGUAAAAGGCAUAUUCUCGUAUCGCGUUUGGAAACUGAGCCGCCAAUGGAUGAUUAUGGCACCGACCGCGCCGACCAAUCCUCUGGGCACAUACGGGUCGCUGAUCACAUUAGCACUAUCGGACAUUAUGUUGUCGAUCGUCUUAGCUUUCGUGUUUUGGAGGCGUCGUUCUGUCUUCCCCAUUGUCAACCGCCUUCUGCGAUUCGUCGUGCUCUAUAGCAUGGAGACGUCCUUGAUAACAAGCAUAGGUGCAAUCGCGGGUGUAGUCACGUAUGCGGUAUUGCCUAAUACGCCAGUGUUCAUGGCGAUACUCUGGGUUCUCCCAAAACUCAUUCUAAGCUCGUUAUUUGUCGCUCUCAAUGCUCGGCAGAAACUAAGACUGACGAGCGUCAUCGGCACGGGCCCAGUGCACGGGGCGAGCCACCGCUCUUUCGAUGUUCGAAGUUCCGGCGUAUCCGAUUUCUAGGUCGGGGCUACACUUCGUUUUGUGAGUGCGCUGUAAAUUUAAUUGUAGUGACGGGUUUAAGCCAGUUCCGUGAACCACACAUAUCGUGAAACGCCUGGUAAUCAAGCGGAGAAGCUGACUUCGCGCCUACUGGAAGUGUCACAGCACGGCCAGUAGACAGGAGUGUGAUUGCCUCAGUUGCGAUCUUUAUGGGCUAUGCAGCGACUCUGACUCUCCGGAACACU